AUGGAAAUCCGUACGCCAGCAAAACCUAUAGAUCAGAUCACAGUAGAAACCAUAAAAUCUCCUUACACCCAGAAAUCAGUGGAACCGGAGAGAGAGGUGCAAGUUCUUUUAAUACUUCAUUAAUGCACCCGAUCCUAACAGGGUUAUGUAGAUAAAAAUAUCAAUUUAAAGCACACUAAUAAUAUGCACAUCUUCAUAGACAUCCUCUGAUUUGUAUUCAGAUUCUGAAAAGGAAAGGAGGGCUCUCAGGACCAAUGUAUAUCCAAAGCUGAGGGAACACUGUCGACACUUCCAUGGGCUAGACUUCCAGGUACGUAAUCCCUGUUAUCAAAAAAUAUUCAGGUAAGAAACGUCAUUAAAAGUGAAGGCAGCUGUGUCCUCACCCAUGUGAUCCAUACAUCCUUUACAAUAUAACCGACUAUCUGGAAAUUAGAAUGCUCAAUGCUUGUUAGAACAUCAAUAGUACCUACACAAAACACAAAGCGAUAGAUGUAUUUAGUUUAAACACAUAUUAACACUGAGCCAACACUGAGCCAAGAGAUAUCAACCUAGACUGAAGCAGUCCACGUCACAUUCAAAAGACUUUUGUCAAGAUGUGAUAUUAUAAGGCAAAAAUAUUUUCUUUAAGAGAGACAACUACUUAAAUUAUCAAAGUGCAUUCCAGAAUUAUUAUUUUUUGAAAUUAUAUAUAUAUAUAGUGAUGUCCCCAACUGUUCGCCGAACGGUUCGCCACGGUUUGCCGCGGACUCCAGUCAGCUGACACAUUCCAGCCAAUCAGCAGCAGACCAUCCCUCCCAGACCCUCCCACCUCUUGGACAGCUUACUAAUAAUGCAGCUUCAAAAUGGAUGCUGUCCAGGAGGUGGGAGGGUCUGAGAUGGAGGGUCUGCUGCUAAUUGGCUGGAAUGUGUCAGCUGACUGGAGUCCGCGGCAAACCGUUCAUGGCGAACAGUUCGGCACAUCACUAUAUAUAUAUUUUUUAUGUAUAAAGAUAGCUUCUUAAUUUAAUACCUGCUCUAGCGAUAAGAGCUUUGGGUCUUUGUGGUGAGAUAUAAUUAAAGGGUUGCUCCAAGCACCAUUACACCUUAAGUGAUUUGAAGUGGUCAUGGUGUCUGCAAUCUGCAUGUUCAUUGUUUCGCUUUGAAAUGAAUCCCUCUCUAUAUCUCUAUAAAUAAACAACUUACUGGGAAUCCAGCACUGGGUGAAUUUCUCCUCUCUGCCUUCCAAUCCCCGUGCUGACACAGUUUACCUCUCUGACGUCGAAUCAAAUGCUUCUCAUAGUGAGGCAUUUCAUUGGACUAAUCUCCAGGAGUGCAAGUGCACGCUCUGAGCCGAGAAAGUAAAAAAAAAAAAAAAGAGUAAAAAAAUCAGAAUGCAGGAGGUGCUGGGAAUGAGGUAGGGAGUUUUCAGAGGGGCACACUCGUGUCCCCUUGCAGACGCACCCACAUCGCUACCUUCAAUGGUAGGAGCUGAUAACAAUGGCAUGCAGUGCGCACUGACAACAGAUGUCAUUUUAUCUCAGGUUCCUUCUUUCUGCCGGCAUUAUUAGCUUGUUUGUGCACCCAUCGCCCAGUUACAGGCGCUCUCUGAGUGUAUGAUAUGUAUUUUAAUAGGUGCUGGAUGGAUAUGAGGGCGUUCUUCCGGAACAUUACUAUAGCGCCAGUGUUCGAAAAUCCCGUAUGCGGCUCCUUGAGAAAUGCUUGCGAUCACCAACUGGUCCCUGCUUUGUGGUAAGUUUGCUAAUGAGGAGGCAGAAGUUGAAUAGACGCACAUUUUAAAGCAUUAUGGGGAUAGUACAUUAAAAAUAAAUGCAGAUAAAUUAAAACGAAUCCAAUCCUGUCUCUGUACCGAUUACAAAGUACGGUAUACAUAAAAGAAAUAUAGUGUAACAAAAAGAAAACAACAUGUGUUAUCAAGCGCAACUUGUUAUAUGUAGUCUUUCGAGGUUAGACAAAUCUCUUCAUAUCAUAACAGCCUAGUUCAUUGGAUAGUUCAUUGGAUGUGAACCAGUUAUCUAGGUAACUGUAUUUAUUUUUGUUCUAAGUUCUAAACAUUUUUAUUUUGUUUUGUUAUGGUCUUUUAGGUCAUUAUCGACAACUUGAUAAAAAUUCUGGGCAAGGUGUUAUAGGGACAAUCCAGCCUUCUAAUACACUUUAGCUUGCUGAAAUACUUUAUGUGUGAAGAGUGUGUUUUUUUUUUUUUCAUUUUACAAAAAAUGCAGAUUUCAAUAGAAAUGUUAUAAGUUAAAGGGAAACUCCAGUGCCAGGAAAACAAUCUGUUUACCUGGCUCUGCAGGUCCCCUCUCCCUCCCACCCCCAAUCCCCAGUUGCUGAAGGGGUGGAAAUGUCCCACAUCGCUGCUUCUUCUUCCGCCGCCACUCCUCCCAGUGAUUACAUUGGCCGGUGGGUGAGACUGAUCCUGCCCACCGGCCUGGGAGACCUAAUGCGCAUGCUCGGCAAUGCCGCGCAUGUGAAUUAGAGCUCCCCAUAGGAAAGCAUUGAAAAUGCUUUUCAAUGCUUUCCUAUGGGGAAAUGAGCAAUGCUGGAGGUCCUCACACAGCGUGAGGACGUCCAGCGACGCUCUAGCACAGGUUUUCUGUGCUAUGAUGCAGGAAGUGGCCUCUAGUUGCUGUCUAGAAGACAGCCACUAGAAGUGGAGUUAACCCUGCAAGGUAAUUAUUGCAGUUUAUGAAAAACUGCAAUAAUUACAGUUGCAGGGUUAAGAGUAGUUGGAGAUGGCACCCAGACCACUCCAAUGAGCAGAAGUGGUCUGGGUGCCUGGCGUGUCCCUUUAACCCUAUUACACCCCCUAUCCCCACCCCCAACCCCUGGAUGUCAAUCAGACAACCGAUCCUGUUACUUCCUGGUUUGGUUCAAACAAUGGAACUAAACUCAGGAGGCAGCAAUCGCUCAGAGCACCUGCCUUGCAAAGACUUCUCAUUGACUUGCAUUGGACAAGAAGUCUUGCAUGGUUUGCAAAAGCUCCAGACAAGAGCUCUUCAGCUUUUGUAGGCUGUGCUUAGAUAUACCCUAAUGUAAAAAUACAUAGUUAAUUGCAAUUAUGCUUUUAUUGGGGGUAAAUCUACUAAGCAUUGAUUUUCUUUAUUAAUAUGUUUUGGGGAUUUGGGCAGCAAAGAUUACACUUCGCACUUUUCCCUUCAGCAAUUUGACUUUAUAACUAUUUUGCCUAUUUUGGUAUCAGAACUGUCAAGGGCUCAUUUAUACAGGAAUCAUCUUUUUCUGUUUGCUCAAAAUUAAAGAAUUAUUAAGCAAGAAAGGCGCAUUCUUUUUUAUACAUUGAUGAAAAGGGAAGAAUGUAAAAGUUGCUUAUUUGUAAUAGAAAACCUCUAACCCGAGAUGUUAAUGGCAUGGAAAACGUUUGUGCUUUUUUAAUACAAUGGAAGCAAUACAAAACAAACAAGUAAUAUAAUACAAAUAAGGAAACGGCGCAGUGAGGGAUGUUUCACUGCAAAUAAUAGAAUAAGUAGACGUGAAUAGGAACAAGAAACUCCAUAGAACGUACAGUAUGUGUGUUCCAGAAUUACAGGGACACUGUAGGCACCAUAACCACUUCACCUUAUUGAAGUGGUUAUAGUGUCUGGAGUUUAAAAAAGUUUCAUAAUGUAUAGUACUGACUUUCUCCUUACUAUCACAAAAUGCAACUAGGAUAAAUCCAUCGUAUUUGCACUUUUUUAAAGUUAUUUUCAUGCCAAAAGAGAUGCAAAGCGAUCAUUUUUGUGUUUGAUAAUAAAUGCCAGUAAUAAAGAAUUGCUGAAUUGUCCUCCAAGGCCUUUAUAGGGGAAGAAUAUGGUGAACCCUGCCUUCCGGCUCAGAUCGAGUGCGAUGAGUUUGAGAACGUCCUGAAUACAGCUGCAGAAAAUGAGCUUUGCACAAUGUGUCUGGAACGUUGGUAUCUGCGGGAUGAAAACGCCAUCCCACCAGUUUAUAGCCUGCUUGAUAAAGAGGAAGACCUUCCACAUAUUAGGAUGAAGGUAAAAUUGAAAUGGUUAUUCACUAAGUGAGAAUUCUAAGAGAAUUUUACAUUUAAGGCAAGAAUAGCCAGACUGAAAGCAUUGCUGACUUAGAGAAAUUUCAGUUCGGUUAUUUUGGGUUUAAAUUUGAAAUUCACUUUGAAUUCUCACUAGUGAAUAACUCUGUGUAUCAUGUUGCUAAUGUUUAUAUAAGGUGAAUCACGUAUUUAAAUUCCAAAGUGAAACCCUGCUCAGAUAUUUGUGUUCAGUUUAUGAAUCAAAGAAACAUAGAAUGUGACGGCAGAUAAGAACCAUUCGGCCCAUCUAGUCUGCCCAAUUUUCUAAAUACUUUCAUUAGUCCCUAGCCUUAUCUUAUAGUUGGGAUAGCCUUAUGCCUAUCCCACGCAUGCUUAAACUCCUUUACUGUGUUAACCUCUACCACUUCAGCUGGAAGGCUAUUCCAUGCAUCCACUACCCUCUCAGUAAAGUAAUACUUCCUGAUAUUAUUUUUAAACCUUUGUCCCUCUAAUUUAAGACUAUGUCCUCUUGUUGUGGUAGUUUUUCUUCUUUUAAAUAUAGUCUCCUCCUUUACUGUGUUGAUUCCCUUUAUGUAUUUAAAUGUUUCUAUCAUAUCCCCCCGUCUCGUCUUUCCUCCAAGCUAUACAUGUUAAGAUCCUUUAACCUUUCCUGGUUCGUUUUAUUCUGUUAUCCAUGAACCAGUUUAGUAGCCCUUCUCUGAACUCUCUCCAAAGUAUCAAUAUCCUUCUGGAGAUACGGUCUCCAGUACUGCGUACAAUACUCCAAGUGAGUGUGUUCUGUACAAGAUCCCUGAGGUACCCCACUGGUAACUAGACCUUGCUUUGAAUAUACUUCAUUGACUACAACCCUCUGUUGCCUGUCAUUCAGCCACUGCCUUACCCAUUCAACAAUAUUGGAAUCCAAACUUAAAGAUUGCAAUCCUCUACACAGAGCACCAAUGCAUGGGUGGCACCAGCCAGUCUCACAUCCCACCGCACACAGAGCACUACUGCAUGGGAGGCACCAGCCAGUCUCACAUCCCACCGCACACAGAGCACCAAUGCAUGGGUGGCACCAGCCAGUCUCACAUCCCACCGCACACAGAGCACCAAUGCACGGGUGGCACCAGCCAGUCUCACAUCCCACCACACACAGAGCACAUGGGUGGCACCAACCAGUCUCACAUCCCACCUCACAAUUUUCCUGCUUGUUAGAGUGCCCUACCUACUUCACUCAGAACACCUCCACAAAUGGGUCACUUUCCUGUCUCACACAUAGCUGAAUAGGAACUUUGUAGGACAACCUCAUAACCCAUCACAUAAAAACUUGGGGAUACCAAUCAGACUUGCAAAAGUCAAAGAAAGAAAAUGGGGGGACGGGGAGCAAACUCUGAGAAUUCCACAGAUAUGAUGUUAUGUGAAAUUAUAAUACAUUUAUUUAAAAAAAAAAACUGCCAAUGUAAACAAUAAUCAAACUGUCAAAAAACUAUUUCCAGUCAAUUGCCCUUCUAAUUAAAUAAACUGCCCACUGUUUGAGUGUUACAUAGGCUGAAAGUCUAUAUUGGCAAACAGUAACAAGUUUCAGUCAGGAUCACAAAACUAAUCAAUACAAUUACAAUGUUAUCACACAGGGUUCACUGAGUGCAGUGUGCAUUCUGUGCCUUGUCAUAAAAUAACAGUAACAGUCAUGAUUUUCAAAUGAAAGUUCACAAAAGAGAAAGAAAGUGAGAAAAAUUAAUGAAUAAAAUAAGAAAAUAAGAAAAAUAAGUAAAAUGAGAAAUGUCUGUCCAACAUAUUCCAGCGUCCGAAGCUGGGGUGAGGUAGGCACAAGUCAAGUACAGGGAUGCUCUUUGGAGGGUUUGAUGAUCAAAGAAUCCAAAGAAUGCCACAAUAUAUAAAAUAAUCAACCAUAGAACAAUCUAACCUCACCAGUCCAUACGUGAUACGAGGGUGUAGCGGAACACGUAUGGUAUUUAGAGUGAUACCAGAAAGUCUCGGGUAUUGUCUGCUGUGACUAAAACCUCACGGGAGGCAGGCGGACUGCACACUUUGAAGAUUCCUUGCUUAAAGGGUAUACUGUUGUUACUAUAACAUUUUAAUCUCAUUGUAUUAAUUAUAGUAUCAGGAGUCCCCUAGCUCUGUCCUUCCAGUGGUAAACCAUUUUUGAGCAGUUUAACACUAAAUUAAGGCUCGCGGACACUCACGGGCCGGCCCCUACUGGAGGUGUGGCUAAGGCAGAGAUUAUAUACUUCCUUCUAGACAUAAUUAUUUAUACCAACAAUGGGAUCUGUGAUACUCUCAGCCAAUCCCUGCCACCCACUGCAUUAACCCAAGCAGCUUAGAGGGAAUGGGCUCCUGGGACUCUAGUUUAGCGUUAAAUCAUUAUAGUGAGUUUUACAUUGAAUGGAAGGACAGUGCCAGGGGACCCAGACACUAUAACCACUUCAAUUAGAUGAAGCAGUUACAGUGCCUAAAAUGUCCCUUUAAUUUAAAGGCCCUAAAGCUGUGCUUCAUAUUUUGGAGGCAAUCGAGGGACACUCCAGGGACCAUUAGCACCUCACUCUUUGAGGAGUGCCGGUUCACACUAUCAGGGUUACUCACUACAGUGAGAACUCAAGGUGAAUUCAAAAUAAAUAAAAAAUUUCAAGUCGAAAUAGCUCAACUGGAAAAUCCUCAAGUCAGCUAUGCUUUUUGUUUGGCCACCCUGGCCUCAAAUUUGAAAUCCCCUUUGAAUUCAAUUUUAAUUUUUUCUUUAGUAAAUAGCCUUGUAUAACGUUUCAUUGUUCUGUAUAAUGACAGAUUUUGCCGCUUACGUCAAAACAGUUACAAUUCUUUUAGGGCCCAGAUUGAGGCCGUUACGUUAUCAGUGAUAUUUUGACUCUUUCACUUUGAAGGAGGGAGCUGGGCCUCGGGGCCUCGGUCAGGACUGGUUCUAUGAUGCUUCCCAUGAAAUGAUGAAGAUCUUCCAUACGGUGGUACCUCUGUGUGUGCAGGCGGGGAGUAUGAAACCCAAGCAAGCUGAUAAAUAUUUCAAUUCAGGUGAUUUCAUACAGUGCUGAAAUGUGGUAAAUUGACAAUUUAUGAAAAAUCGCCUCAUCAUUCUUUGUUAUCGAUUUUAUUAACCGACACGGUGUACUGGGCAAUAGCAGGUCCAUUUCUCUACCAUUCUUCCAUCUCCACCUAUGUUACCAGUUAGUGGAUAAGCAUUUACACUCAGGGCUGGUGCCAACUAUAGGCGAUGUAGGCGCUGGCCUAGGGCGCACGUUUGGAAGGGGAUCCAUGCGCACGCACAAUGCUUGUAGAAGUGCCGCGGUGCGCAGCACGAAGGAUAGAGGCGUGGGCGCCAAGAGUGCCUUCAAUUUGUAUUGCAGCAUCCCGGGAGUGCAGAAAUGGAACUGGAUUCCCCAAGGAAGGUAA